AUGUCGUGGAUGUUGCAGGAGACAAACCUACAGUACGAAUCACAGACUCACAUCUCGUGCAUUUACGGUAUUUUCUGGACGUGCAUUUGUUGGGGACUAUUCACCGUCGGCAGGAAAGGCUACGGCUCCAUCUUCUUCCCCGGCGAGGUGAACGUGACGGCGCUGAACCUCGACGAGAUCGUGCACUUCAGAUGCAAAGAGGUCAUCGUGUACCCGGAUGACAACAACAAGCCUCUGGAGGGGGAGGGGCUAAACAGGCGAGCCGAGGUGACUCUGGACGGCGUUUGGCCAAACGACAAGACGGCCUGCACUCAGAUCCGGAGCCCCGAGCGUCUCACCGAGAUGAACUACGAGGGCCGGCUGGAGAAAGCAUCGCGCAAACAGGGAGCUCGCUUCCUGGAGUACAGACCUGAGACCGGAUCCUGGGUGUUCGAGGUGGCCCAUUUCUCUAAAUAUGGCCUCCAGGACUCUGACGAGGAGGAGGACGUCAAAGCCGACUCCAAGAAGAUGAUGAUGUCAACCAGCAGGCCCCCCUCCCAGCAGCUGGUGGCGCCACAGGCUCAGGUAGAGCAGCCUGCGCCCAUCCACACUCAUCUUCGUCCUCACUGA